GAUCUAAACACUCCAUUUUCUUGGUUUGUACCGUUAGGGUUUAUCAAAAAUUUCUUCAUAAACCCUUGUUUUUUCUCUAAAUUUCAAAUCCAUGUCAAUUUACUAAUCAAGAACUCAGUACCCAAGUUUCAAUUUCACACAAAAAUCAGCUGAAUUUGAAUAUGACCGUUGGAGGUAAUGCCGAGGAUAAAAGGGAGAAAGAGAAAGAGAGUACUAUUGUUGAUAAUACGAGGGAAGAAAGAGCUGGUUCGGAUGAUUUUGGGCGAGCAAUAUCGAGGACUGCGGUGGCACAAAUAUGUGAAAGUAUUGGGUUUGAGAUCUUUAAUGAAUCUGCUCUUGAAUCGCUUGCAGACAUUGCGAUUAAGUAUAUACGUGACCUAGGCAAGACUGCUAGUAGUAGUGCUAAUUUAGCUGGAAGAACACAGUGCAAUGUGUUUGAUAUUAUUCAAGGAUUAGAGGAUAUGUGUGCCUCUACGGGUUUUCUUCGUGCAUCUGAGGUGAACCGUUGUGGGUUAAAUUCUGGUAUUGUAAGCGAGAUGGUUGAGUAUGUGGAAUCUGCUGAAGAGAUUCCGUUUUCUCAAUCUCUUCCGCAUUUUCCGGUGGUAAAACAUCCAAAGAUGAUACCUAGUUUUUCGCAAAUUAAUGAAACACCGGCGUUUAAACACGUACCUCCAUGGUUGCCUGCAUUUCCUGAUCAGCAUACUUAUGUACGGACCCCCACGUGGAAUGAGAGAGCAUCUGAUCCUCGAGCUGAUAAAAUCGAAUUAGCAAGACAGCGAAGGAAAGCAGAAAGAUCUUUAUUAAAUUUACAGCAGCGAUUGUUGUGCAAUGGUUCAGCAGGAGCAUCAACUUCUAUGCAGCAGCCAGAUGAUGUUGGUAUAAGUAAAAGUGAAAAUCCGUUCCUUGCAAAACCUUUUCAAGCUGGUGAGAAAGCUGUGGAACCCCCAGUGGCUCUUCCAGCUAAACUGCUUUCUAGUGAGGUGGCAGACAAUAAUAAAAAUCAUGUUUCUUUGCUGGAGACGUUUUCCCCUGCAAUUGAGGCAAUGAAGGAUGGGUUUGAUGGUUCGGAGAAGAAACUUCCGGACAAGAGGCCGGCUGUCUGUUUAGAGUUUAGACCGGGAAAGAAGGGCUUAGGUGAUUCUUUGGAUCUGAGGCUUUGGAAAAAGGGUUCGGGGAGAAACGCUUCGUUGUUCAGGCGGGAUGAUGAAAGAGAUGACAAGAAGAGGAGAGCUGAGUUAAUAUUGAGGCAAUCUAGGGAAAAUCAGCAGGAGUUAACACAGUUGUAAAUUAGUUGGUUAGCUUGAUGGGGUACGUACUUCCGUUCCCUGUUCAAAACAGCAGCAAUUGAUUAGGUUUAGGUAAAAGUCAGUCAUACUGUAAUUCUUCUGUGGAUGUCACAGAGUCUAUUUGGAUGUCGAGAUGUAGUAGCGUAGAGCAUUUUUUGAGGUUAGUCAUUGUUCAUUCUGAGAAUCUUUUUCUUUUGCAAAUGAAGUUUCUCCUUCUAUAUA